AUGUCUCCCUGCUCUCUCCUCCUGUCCCUGCUGUUGGCUGCAGCGCUGCAGUGUGAGCAUGCCCAGUGCAGACGUGUACCGUGCUCCGACCGCUGCUGCUCCUUCGUAGAGGGCUUCCCCGUCAGACUGAAGGAGCUCCGCACCGCCUUCUCCACCAUCAGAGACUACUACGAGGCUAAUGACGAGCUGGAGACAUCCCUGCUGGACGAAGGGAUUCUACACCACUUGAAGAGCCCCGUGGGGUGUCACGCUAUGGACAGCAUCCUGAAGUUCUAUCUCGACACGGUGCUGCCCACCGCCAUGAACAACAGAACACAGAACAACAACGACUUUAAAUCUCCCAUCGACUCCAUCGGAAACAUCUUCCACGAGCUGAAGAAAGAGAUCGUCCAAUGCAGGAACUACUUCUCCUGUAAGAAACCGUUUGACAUCAACGAGUUCAUCUCCUCGUAUGAGAAGAUGCAGGAUAAAGGCCUGUAUAAGGCAAUGGGAGAGCUGGACCUACUCUUCAACUACAUCGAGGAGUACCUGGUCUCUAAGAGACGCAAACACUGA